GUGUUGUCGUUUUUGAAUGACAACUAUGUUUUUAUGAUACAUCUGUUUUGGAUGAAACAUACGAUGAGAAGUGGUGCAUCAGAAUAACCCCUCUGCUAAUCAACCAGAAGUUCUCUAGUUCUUGUAAGAUAAAUAUGUGGCGCAUUUUUGUUACCAGUUGCGACGAAAUAUUGACCGACCGCAUCCAUUGCAACCAUUUUGGUUCUCGUUUAUUCGCAUUGAACCGUUUCGAUUGUUGAUUGGUUAUUUGGUGCAGACCAUACGGCAGGAGUGGAAUUGUGCAGUGCCUUCCAGGAAGCGAGUUGAAAAAUAAUGGCAAAUCGAAGAAUGGGCGGAAACGGCGGUCCUCAUAGAGGCAACCGCAACUUUUCUCAGCACCAGCCAUUUCAAGGGAACAGUCUAAGCCCUUGGCAGGGGGGUAAUUCGAAUAAUUCCAUGAAUCCGGGAUUGAUAUCCCAGUUAACCUCCAACCCCCAGCAGCUUGCACUAGCUUUGAGUAGUUUACUGCAACCACAACAAGUGAAUCCGCCAUCGUUGCUUUCUCUGAAUACGUCCCCUGGUUUUUCAAACCAAGAACGUAAUCUAGAUCGUUUUGGGAACAGAAGCCGUGAUUUCAGACGACAUGAACCUUACAAUAAGAAUCGCGGAGGUGGCGGCGGAGGCGGAUGGCGCCCUAUAAUAGACACCAGGGUUCGCAACAAUCGGCGCGAUAAUAAUAAUAAAGAUCGCAAACCGAAGCCGGACAAUAAAGACAACAGAAAGCGGUUCGAGAAGAAGCCGGCUGAAAAGAAGGAGGAGGCCGUUGUCGAAAAUCACGACGAGAACAACGACGAUGGUGAUGAAGGUACCAAGCGCGAUUGGAAGGAGGAGAAAAACAAUGUCGAUGACAAGAAGGAGGGAAGCGGUGAAGAGGAAGAGCAAGAUAAAAAGGAGAACAAAGAGGGACGGUACCACGGCGUGCCGCAGAAGUUCCUCAACUGUUUUGUGUGCAAUAAGGAGAUGUGGGACGGCGAGUCCAUGCAAAAACAUAUCAGAGGUCGUGCCCACAAGCAAAUGCUUAACAGUUUGGAAGAGAGCAUUCAUCUGACCGUGAAAAUUUUACGCGAAAACAUGCGUCUGCAGGAAGAAAAGAAAGUUAUCGAGGUGAAUCGUAUGCACCGACUGAAAAAAUAUAACAGAUACCAAGAGAUGGAGAGUCACUGCAACAUGUGCGACCUCAAAUUUCUGGGCAAAAUCAUAGCCCAUCGCAAAACUGAUGGUCAUCAGCGUUUGAAACGUUACUUGCACCCGAGCUGUCACAUUUGCGACAAAGAGUUUCCGUCCAGAAUGGAAUGGGUAGAGCACCGCCUCACCCCCGACCAUUUGCGCACAUUGAAUGCCGAAUUGGAGAAGAAAUUGGGCGGCAAAAACGGUGACGUCAUCAUCGAAGAGGAGGAGCUCGAUUUGGAACCUCUGUUAGACGAACCGCUGCAGAUGGAGAGCGAAAAUCCGAUCUUGGAACUGAAGGGCGACAUGGAAGGACUGCAAAAUUUGAUUCCGGCGUACAAGAAAGAUCGCAAGGUCUCCACAUUGAGUCUGAAGGAGUUUAAGGGUUUCAUGUGCGAGUUAUGCAAUAGGAGUUUUGUUAACGAGGAUGUUGCGCAGGAGCACUUGAAGACGCCUCGACAUUACUAUGCUUUUAUAGAAGCGGCAAAAAAGAUGUACCAGAAGCAAGUGGAGGAGGACAAGAAGAAGAAGGAAGCUGACGCGACUAAAAAGGAAAACGAAGUCACAGUCAAGGUGGAAGCGGAAACCGGAGUUGCAGACAUGUACGAUCCGGAGGAGGCGACGAACGAGGAAGAAGAGGAGGAAGAGGAAGGAGUGGUCGUAAAAGAGGAACUCAUUGAACAAGAACCAGGUGACGAAGAGAAGGGAAACGAAGAGGUAAAUUCGGAAGAAACCGCCGCCAUCAAAACAGACGGGAUCAAGGAAGAAGCGGUUGAGAAAUCCCCACCGGCUCGCGUGACCCGAAAGGGCGUCGCCCGUAACGGUGCCGGUCCGAAGUGCAAAAAGGCACGGAAAGUGUAAGAAAGAAAUGGAGUUAAUUGAAUUAAUUUGAAAAAAUAUUUAUUAUAUCUUUAUAAAUUGUAAUCCUUGUUUGUCCGGAUGAUGCAAUAUUGUUGCUGCCAGUUGAAUCUGACGAAACGUUAGUGCCGUUUUUUGUUUAUUACAUUGCGUUAUAUUUGAAUUUCUAAAUUUAAUCCUAAUCCUUCGCAAGUGAAACAUCCUACCACUUGUGCCACUUCGUUUUCCAAUCAGAAUAGGAUUAAAUAUAUUAUGUAUACUUUAAUGAAUUUUAUAUAAUAAACAUAUAUAUUAAAGGAUUUGGUUUGUUUAAAUGUUGUAACAAAAACUGGCAAGUUUGCAUCGCUAAGAGUGCUGCUUAUUUUUAGAAUUAGUUAUAAAAUUGGAAAACCAUGUGUGGAAGAUAAUAUUGGAAUUAUCUAAUAUUUUUUUUACGUUUUUGUUUUUAGUUGACUGUAUGUUUUUGAAUAAAAUUUACAGUUUUAUUCUCA